CCAACCCCAUUUUCAUGACAUUUCAAUUAGGAAAUAGGAAACGUCAAAUUGGUCAUAAUACCAUGGAUAUCCAUGACAAUACGAAAAUCGAUAUGUACUCAUAAACAUUCCUUCAGGCUGUUUGUAGAUAUUUUAUUUUGCAGUUUUAUACCAUUAAUUUAUGUGUAUAUUCUCUAUCUGUGUUUCAUGAGGUGAAAGUGGCUUUCGUAUACAAUUUUGUACACUUGUUGUAUUUGUCACAACAUGCAAAACUCACAAAACAGCACAGGUAGACAAGCUAGACAACAGCAACAGCAGCCGUAUCAGCAAGGACAUUCUCAUCAUCACCACAACUCAGCAGAAAAUAAUAAAUCACCAGCAUCUAUACCGCCCAAUUCGUUAGCGAUAUCCAAAUCGUAUGUGCCCGCACCGGCUUCCAGCACCUCUGAUGAUACUGACUUCCAUGAAUCGGAUGCAAGGUAUGAAUGUGCUAUCUGUAUUCACUGGCUGAAUGAGCCUGUCAUCACCACUUGCGGUCAUCGGUUUUGCAAAUCUUGCCUCACAGAAUGGCUAAACAAUCACAAUCAGUGUUGUCCGUUGGAUAACACAAAGCUUUCUACCGAACACGAUAUCUUCCCGGACAACUUUACUAGACGCGAAAUCGAACAACUUAAGCACAAGUGCCCCAAUUCGCCACUGGGUUGCGCAGUGGUAGCCUCACCAAUAGAAGUGGAUCGUCAUUUGCCAACUUGUCCCUACAGGAGGCUGGAGAACGCCGAGGAAAAAUGCCCAUUUGCAAGUGUAAAGUGCGACUUUGUCGGGCGGCCCGAAACAAAUGCACUCGAAGAACAUCUUAAAGAGGAUAUGCCGCACCACAUGCAACUAAUGUUGCAGGCAUUCCAGCAAACAGCAGUUUCCACAUGGAAUCCACAGAAACUCCCAUCGGCUAUUGGUGGCAAGGUAAAUGGCGUGCUACCACCACCUCCACCGCAAUAUGCAAAUGAAGCUGACGAACAACUUAUACAAACGAUGUACCAACGUAUUGUGGUACUAGAGCAGCGCGUAAGAGAACAGGAUGUAAAGUUAGAAAAUCUCACAAAGCAAUUGGCCACACGUCAGCAAAUCGAUCCACGCUACAGCAAUGGAACAAUCGUCUGGGAAAUAACAAAUUUUCGUAACGUAGUGGAACAACUACGUGCCGAUGCAAAUAAUUUACUUUAUUCACGCGAUUUUUAUACCUCGCCGCAUGGCUACCGUUUCUGUGCACGUCUUAACAUACAGCCAAGACACGUCAAUUUACUAAGUCUACAUGUACAUUUAAUGCAAUCGGAAAAUGAUUUUCAUUUAGAUUGGCCAUUCAAAGGACGCAUCAAACUAUGCAUGAUACAUCCUCACGAUCCCAGUCUCUCGCAACAUGACACUAUUAUGACAAAACCAGAAGUUAUGGCCUUCCAUAAACCACGGGAACGCAUAAGCACACGUGGUUUUGGUUUCGUGGAAUACGCUAAAAUAGCGGAUGUAAUGCACAAAGGCUUCUGUGAGAAUGAUAAAGUGGUCAUCAAAAUACAAAUAAAUAUAGUUUAAGGUCAGAUAAGAUCAAGUAGAAGAAAGCAGGGCUGGAGCGCAACAAGAGACGUAGGCAAGUAUUUAUGUAUAUUAAAAACUAAAUAGAUAUGUAUGUAUCUAUAUACAUACAUGUACUGUUCCUCGACAGAGCUAAUCAAAACAGUUUUGUUAUAGAGGGAAGGGGGAAUACAUACAUAAAUACAUACAUAUGUAGAUAUCUACAUGCAUAUGAAAAAUUGUUACUAGGACUGAAUAUGCCUACGCAAAUGCCAACGAUGGUAACAAAACUCGCAGAUAACUUUCAUUAUGAUAUACAUACAUACAAAGUAGUGAAAACUUUUAGCGGUAUCCUGCUAAAAAUUUUUGAGACGAGCUUAUCCAAGUAAUAUACAUUUAGAGUCAAAAGUUAGCAUACACCUCGUUCUAAUAUAAUAUUCACAAUAUUUUGCAUGAUUUAUUUUUUCAUUAAUUUUGUAUUAAAAUGCAUUUUACAUGUAUACAUGUAUACAUAUCGACACCUUCAAACCGUACCAUGCUAAGUCACCUUAAAGCAUAAACAGACGGCAGCGUUGAUCCGGAUCAACUCGGGAAUUAACUGCAUUUGAUCCGGAUUAACUUGGAUUAAGUCCGAGUUAAUCCGGAUCAACGCUGCCGUCUGUUUAAGCUUUUAGACUUAGACUUAGCACAGUAUGGUUUGGAGGCUUCGAUUAUAACAUACCAUAUAAAUAAAAGUUUCACAUUUGAUAUUUUACGAAAAUUCAACAGAUUUGCCAAAAAUUGUCAACAAA